AUGGCGGGCCCCGCGCCGGGGCGGCGGCUGGUCGCCCUGGCCCUGAUCGUGGCGCUGGCUGCGGGACUCCCCGCAGCCGGGGUCGGGCAGGCGCCGCGUCCCGCCGAGCGGGGUCCCCCGGUGCGGCUCUUCACGGAGGAGGAGCUGGCCCGCUACGGCGGGGAGGAGGAAGAUCAGCCCAUCUACAUGGCAGUCAAGGGGGUGGUGUUCGAUGUCACUUCUGGAAAGGAGUUUUAUGGACGAGGAGCCCCCUACAACGCCUUGACCGGGAAGGACUCCACCAGAGGGGUGGCCAAGAUGUCCCUGGACCCUGCAGACCUCACCUAUGACACUACGGGCCUCACGGCCGAGGAGCUGGAAUCCCUGGAUGACGUCUUCACCAGAGUGUACAAAGCCAAGUACCCGAUUGUCGGCUACACGGCCCGAAGAAUCCUCAAUGAGGAUGGCAGCCCCAACCUGGACUUCAAGCCUGAAGACCAGCCCCACUUUGACAUAAAGGACGAGUUCUGA